AUGGGCACACUGGUUGCGGCCCGGGCGGCAUAUGUGUGUCGGACUUGCGCACAGCACUUCCACAAGCAAUUGGGGCUACGGCGAGGGUAUUCGAGUUCGGCUGCUCAACCAGACAUUUACGAUGUGGUAUGUGUCGGUGGAGGGCCCGCGGGUCUCAGUCUCCUUACGGCACUGCGGUCGAAUCCCAUCACUUCGCACCUCCGAAUCGCCCUCGUUGAGGCACAGGACCUGGCCAAGAUGAAGUCCUGGAAGCUCCCGCGGGACAGCUUCUCCAACAGAUGCAGCUCCCUAACUCCCUCCUCUGCCAUGUUUCUCGACAGAAUCGGUGCCUGGAAACAUAUGGAGCGCGACCGAGUUCAGGAAUACCAGGAGAUGCAAGUCUGGGAUGGCGUGACUGGCGCUCGAAUCGAGUUCGAUUGGGCCCCUGGCUCAACCUCUCCUGCCGGGACUACAAUUGCAUACAUGAUCGAGAACCUCAACCUUACAUCAGGCCUUCUGAGGCGGCUCGAGGAACUGGGCGGCGUCUCCACAUUUGACAACGCAAGGGUCGAGAAGAUCUCCUACGGCGAGGAGACUGAAGAGCUGGACCUGCGAGAGUGGCCGUUGGUCCAUUUAUCAGGGGGCAAGCAGCUCGCCGCUCGGCUCCUUGUUGGGGCGGAUGGCGCAAACAGCCCCGUGCGCACAUUCGCCGGCAUUCCAGCUCGUGGUUGGGACUAUGGCCGUCACGGUGUCGUUGCCACCCUUGAGCUGGAAGGGGAGGGCUGGGGUGGAGCCAAUACUAAGAUUGCCUACCAGAGGUUCCUCCCUACGGGGCCUGUCGCCUUGCUUCCUCUACCAGGCAACCAUUCGACUCUUGUAUGGUCGACAACGCCAAGCAACGCGUCGCUGCUCAAGAGCCUGUCAGCCGAGGACUUCGUUGCCAUGGUGAACGCCGCCUUCCGGUUGACCCCAACAGACCUGGAGUACAUGCACACCCAGGGCUCAGGCCAGGCUGAUGAGUACUCCUGGAGACUGCAGCAUACCAAGUUUGAUACUUGGGCAGUUCCGCAGGCCGUCACCGGGGUCCAGGAAGGGAGCAUUGCCUCGUUCCCGCUGAAGCUGCGGCAUGCGGACACGUACAUCGGAGAGCGCGUGGCUCUUGUUGGCGACGCGGCUCAUACCAUCCACCCGCUUGCAGGACAAGGCCUAAACCAAGGGCAGGGUGACGUGCAGAGUCUGGCUAAUACUAUCGAGUACGCCGUCAGCCACGGAUGGGAUAUCGGCGUUGCCAUGUCGCUGGAGCCCUACCUCUCCGAGCGGUACGCUGCAAACCAUGUGCUCCUUGGAGUCUGCGACAAGCUCCACAAGUUGUACUCGGUUGGCAGCGGGCCUCUGGUGCACCUCAGAUCGGCGGGUUUGAGCGCCGUCAACGCCCUAACGCCGCUCAAAGCCUUCCUCAUGAGGCAGGCUGCUGGAAAUGGGAUCAAGGUCUUUUGA